ACCUUGAGCUGGCAGAAACACAAAUGAUACACUCAUCAUACAAACUAGCUUUUUAUUGUUAAGUUUUUGCUGUUAAUAAAGCUGUUGAUUGCUUAAGAUAAACUUCUGACAGAAAUCGUAAUUUCAUAAAUCAUUAAAAGCUGCGGCUUAAGAUAAUAUGUCUUCGAAUAGCGAUAGAAAAAUUCGAGAUGUUCGCGACCUUUGGGGUUGCAAAGAAGAAAAAGAAAAUCCUCGACCACCAGAAGAAAAUUCCAACGGUAUUCUCGUAGAUAACAGGACCAAGCACAAAUACAAGACCCUCGAAAGGCAUCUGAGUAUGAAAAAAACCGUUCGUAAAAAAAUGAUGCGAGACUUGAAGGAAAUUGGUGACGCUUCUACCGAAGAGUCAAAUCAACCUGUCACGUUUUUGGAACAGCUAAAAGCCGAACAGCCUCCACCUCCCAAUAUUGAUAAGCCCAGUUUAUGGAAAAGACUUACAAAAGGAUGGGGACACUCUUAAGUAUUAUUUUUACUCGGUACAUAUUUUUGUGUAUUUUGCUUGCCAAAAUAUCUUAUUUUUUUGUAAUUUAUUUAGAUGUGAUGUUACUGUGUUGGGUAGAUUAUAUUUUUAAGGGUGCUUUUAACUUCUACAUAGCUGUAAUAUUCAAACGUUACAUAUCGGUGAUAGCGUGCAUUACAACGGUACCUACACUUCUUCUUAAGAGCCACUUUGGAUUAUAAAUACCAAAAAGGUACCCAAAAAUCAACUUAUUUGUUUUUCUGAUCGAACUGCUAGAAAGAUAAUAGCUUUUAAUAGCAAACUAAAUCGCAAAAAAGAUAAUUAGAAUGUCAUGAAAUAUUAAUAAUUUAAAAGUAAUAUUUUUCAUAAUU